UCCGGACACGACACGAGACGCGAUUUUUUUUCUAUAGCAUUUUUAAAUUCACAGCACUCACUCAAAUCAUUAAACCACAAUUCCCUUCUCUCUCUUCCCAUUUCUACCGCCGCCAUGAAGGGUCCAGGCCUCUUCUCCGAUAUCGGCAAGAAGGCCAAAGAUCUGCUUAACAAAGACUACACUAACGACCAGAAGCUGACCAUCUCCACCUGUAGUGACUCCGGAUUGGGACUUACUUCUGCUGCAGUCAAUAAAGGAGGGCAUUAUACCUUUGAUGUUAGCACACAAUACAAGCACAAGAACACUCUUAUUGAUGUCAAAGUUGAUACUAAUUCAAAUAUUUUGACAACAAUUACCAUCUCAGAUGCUCUUCCAUAUACUAAGGCCAUUGCAACUUUUAAGAUACCUGAUUAUCACUCCAGAAAGUUGGAGCUGCAAUAUUUCCACGAUCAUGCAAGUAUUGCUUCAGUAGUAUCUCUGAAGCAAUCUCCAGUGGUCGAACUUUCUGCAACACUUGGUACCAAAGCGGCUGCAUUUGGCAUAGAUGCUGGUUUUGACACUGCCUCAGGAAACUUUGGCAAGUAUACUCUUGGGGUUGGAUUCACGAAGCCGGAAUACAAUGUUUCCAUAGUUUUGGAGGACAAGUUAGAUACUCUGAGAGCAUCAUAUCUACAUCACUUGGAUGCGGCACAGAAGACCUCUGUGGGUGCUGAGAUUGUGAGGCAAUUCUCCACGAACAAGAACACCAUGACAGUUGGAGGGCAAUACGAAGUUGAUCCCCUAACAACUGUAAAGGCGCGGUUCAACAACUCAGGCAAGUUUGGAGCUCUUUUGCAGCAUGAACUGAGGCCAAAAUCGGUUCUCAACCUCUCUAGUGAGUUCGACACCAAGGCUUUGGAAAAGGCUCCUAAGUUUGGGUUGGCACUUGCUCUCAAGCCUUGAAUGCACCUGCUAGCAGAGUUUCAUGCAUUGGUGGAGUGGGGUGGGUAGAUAUCAAGAAGUUAAUAAAUCGUUCCGAAAAACAUUUUAGUGACUUUCGAAAUUUUUAUGUUCUGCCAUUCUAUGCAACUGAAAUUUUCCAUUUUCGCAUGCAAAUUCGAGCAGUUUUUCAAUA